AUGUCGGAUUCGACUCCAGCCCAGUAUGUCGUCGAUCCCUCCGCCAAUCCGCACCUCUGGCCUGGACCCGAUCAGGCGCGUGAGAACAUCGUCGUCAACAGGGUUGACGUGGUCUAUAUCAACAUCAACGGCGAAUCCGAUUUCAUGUGGCUACGCACGGGCACAGACGAGCAUGUCCAUCACGCUGUACUGCAGGUAGCCAAGCAUGUAGCCCGCGGGCUCUAUCGGAUCGUGAGCAUGAAUGUCUCCGACUUCUCCUGUAUGGUGAUCAUAUCAACGGGGAAGAAGAGAGAGGAGCUCAAGUGGAAGCAUGGGUUUCCGUGGGAUAGGGAGGACGAUCCUCAGCCAGACGUGGUGCUGAAGUCAGGAAAGUGCCACGAUGCUGUGAAUGCAGGACGGGACAGCCUCAGGGAGAUCAUGAGAUGA